AUGUUGCAACUAUUUUCAAGUGUUAUUGUCGCUGUUGCGAUAUUCGAUUUGGUAUGUGCAGAAUAUAUACCACUGGGUCAUGCCACCAGCUACGCUACUGUGGUACAACAUGAACAAGUGCCACAGCAUGAUGGCUAUUCGAGUUCAGGUAAUUAUGUGACUUUAGGAGAUAAGGAUUACGCACACUAUGUGCACGAACCACGCCACUAUCCGAAAUAUGCAUUCGAAUAUGGGGUUAAGGAUUCGCAUACUGGCGAUAACAAGAGGCAUUGGGAACAACGUGAUGGCGGUCAUGUCAAAGGUGGUUACACACUACUUGAAGCUGAUGGCACUACUCGUGUUGUUGAAUACUCGGCUGAUGAUCACAAUGGCUUCAAUGCUAUAGUGAAGAAGAUCGGACAUGCGCACCAGCCAAAAGUGUAUUAUCAUAAGGAAGCCUAUAAUUAUGACGACCACAAACAAUAUCCUCCAGGGCAUUCCAGCAGCUAUGUGGAAAUUAAACAACACCAUUAA